UUUUCCCAACUUUUCACUUUGAUAACAUACAUUUUAAACAUUUCUUACAUUAAACCAGUGACAGCAACAUGUUUGACUCCUCGAAUUACGAAACGUGUAGCGGUCCAUAAAGAAACAGAUACAUUAUGUGUUUGUGUGUGUGUAUGUAUGUGUGUGCGUGCGUGUGUGUUU